GUGGCGGCGGCGGCCCGCGCUGGGGGCGGGCGUGCCGUUUCGCGUGGAGGCUCGGGUGGCUGGCCUGGGGAGAGUGCGGCUGCCGGAAGAUAACCCAGCCGCGGUCCCCAAAGCCUGCAGUUCAAGGCCACCUUCCUGCCUCUCCUGUGUACCCCCUGACCUGCACCUUAGCUGGAGCUCACCAUGGGGAACCACUUGACUGAGAUGGCUCCCACUGCCUCCUCUUUCUUGCCCCACUUCCAGGCCCUGCAUGUCGUGGUCGUUGGGCUGGACUCUGCUGGAAAGACCUCGCUCCUUUACCGCCUCAAGUUCAAGGAGUUUGUCCAGAGCGUACCCACCAAAGGGUUCAACACAGAGAAGAUCCGGGUGCCCCUGGGAGGGUCCCGUGGCAUCACCUUCCAAGUGUGGGAUGUCGGGGGGCAAGAGAAGCUGCGACCACUGUGGCGCUCUUACACACGUCGGACAGACGGGCUGGUGUUCGUGGUGGAUGCUGCCGAGGCUGAGCGCCUGGAGGAGGCCAAGGUGGAGCUACACCGAAUCAGCCGGGCUUCGGACAACCAGGGCGUGCCUGUGCUCGUGCUGGCCAAUAAGCAGGAUCAGCCUGGGGCACUGAGCGCUGCAGAGGUUGAGAAGAGGCUCUCGGUUCGAGAGCUUGCAGCCGCCACGCUCACCCAUGUGCAGGGCUGCAGUGCUGUGGACGGGCUGGGCCUGCAGCCGGGCCUGGAGCGCCUGUACGAGAUGAUCCUCAAGAGGAAGAAGGCAGCCCGGGUAGGCAAGAAGAGACGGUGACCCGAGGCUGUCCCCUUCUCACCAGUAGGGGUCUGUACACCUGGACAGCCAGGCGGAGCCUGUGGCCCCUCCCUCAGCUCUGGGGUGCGGGACCUGUCCGCCUCAAUGAAGGACCGAGGAGCACACUGGGGGUCCUGUUCUAGUGCAGCAUUGGGGAGGGGAGGGGAGAUGGGAUGUCUUCUCCUCUCCCUCCCUCAUCCCCACCUCUGGAGAAAAGAGGGCUGCAGGACUGGGGGGGCUUAAAUGUAAGCUGUGACUCUACCUCGACCCUGUUUCUUUUUUUCUUCUCUGGCUUGUUGAUGAGAUGUGUUUUGGAGCAAAAGAAGGUUGUUUGGAGCAAAAGAAGGUUGUUUGGAGAAUGCAUUUGGGAUGAACGAGGACUGUCUCCCCACCUCCAGCCCCCCAACUGGGGUGUCCCCCAGGCUGCUUUUCUAAGGAUGCUAGUCACAAUAGUCUUUAUUUUUGUGUCUGUGUGAAAGUGCCAGGAACCCUUCCCCACAUUUGUAGAUCCACAACUGUUUUUAUAAGCUGUGUGUGUCCUCUGUAGUAUUAUUAACUAUUUUUUAGCAUUUGCCUAUAAGUUAUUAAAGACUGAUGAUACUGUA